CUAGACCGGCGGGACUAAUCGCAAGAAAUUCCAUUUUUUAGGAAGAAAAAUGACCCGACAGAUCUGGUCUGAACAAACAGGAGUUUUAAUGGACACCGACCGAGUAAAGAAAAGGGCGAGGGCUUCAAUUUCAUGAGCUAGAGAGAGCAUCCGGGAUUCCGGGAACAGAAAAGGAAACCGAACUUAAAGAGAAAAAAUAAGCACACCGUUCUCCGGUCUGAGCCCUCCUUCCCACCCAAAGCAAGGGAUAGAAGCCACCUGAAGGAAGGCCAAGUGAAAGCCCGUGCCUUACUAUCAGUAUCGAGUCUCUCAGAGGAGAGAGGGAAUGGUGUACGUUGAAGAAGAGAUGAUCGAGCAGCUGCAUGCGUUGAUUGAAAAUAUUGAUGAACCACUCAAGAGGACUUGGAAGAAUGUGCAUCAAGAGUACCAAACUGAGACUUUGGCGAGGUUUCUAAAAGCCAGGGACGGGAAUGUAUCUAAAGCCCACAAAAUGUUGACUGACUGUUUGAACUGGAGGAUCCGAAAUGAUAUUGAUAAUAUUUUAGCUAAGCCAAUUAUCCCUUCUGAGUUGUACAGGGCAAUUCGGGAAUCUCAGCUUGUAGGGAUAUCUGGAUACUCAAAAGAGGGCCUACCUGUUAUUGCUGUUGGUGUGGGGCUCAGCACAUUUGACAAAGCAUCUGUUCACUACUAUGUUCAAUCACACAUCCAAAUGAAUGAAUACCGUGACCGAGUGAUAUUGCCCUCUGCAACUAAAAUGUAUGGGCACUAUAUUGGUACAUGUGUAAAGAUAUUGGACAUGACUGGGCUUAAGCUCUCUGCUCUAAGUCAAAUUAAGCUAUUGACUGAUAUUUCUACCAUUGAUGACCUUAAUUAUCCCGAAAAGACUGAAACAUAUUACAUUGUUAAUGCACCAUACAUAUUUUCAUCGUGCUGGAAGGUUGUGCGGCCUCUUUUGAAAGAAAGAACUAGAAAGAAAGUUCAAGUCUUAUCAGGGUCAGGAAGGGAUGAGCUUUUGAAAAUUAUGGAUUAUUCAUCUCUCCCUCAUUUUUGCAAAAGAGAGGGCUCUGGGUCUUCUAAGCAUUGUAAGAAGGGUACAAUUGAUGACUGUUUCUCCUUGGACAAUGACUUCCAUCAGCAGCUUUACACUUACGUUAAACAGCAAGCAGAGCUUGUGGAGCAUGACACACUAACGAAAGAAGGGUCGUUUCAUGUUGCAAUCCCUGAACAUGAUCCUGAUACCACAAAGGUAGCUGAAACUUUGGAAUCCGAAUUUCUUCAACUUGGGGAAAAGGGGAUUUCCAAGUUCCAAGAAGUUAAUAGGAGGAUCAAAGCCGAAUAAAAAAAAUAUGGGUUUCUUGUUAAGAUGAGAAAAUGUGACUAAGCUUCGUAACUGAAUAUCCUUAGUAGAGCAGUACCAACAGGCCUAGCAUCAUCUCGAUGCCUGAGACGGGACAAGCCGCAAGCGACAAUCCAUCACGAUUCUUGAAUAGAGAAUUCCAAUGGCCGCCAAAGGUCAAUUUCACAAACAAAUUAAAUGUGGAAUUGGCCUUUGGUUUGGUGUACACUGCUAAUCAUGUCCCUUGAACAAAAUAUACUACCAAUGGUGGUGGUCGUAACUUCUCUCCCUGUUCCAAAAAGUCAAUUUCUCAUUUCAAAUUUAUUUAAAAUGACGCUUAAGUUAUUUUGAGGCUGUUCAGAGUGGGUUUAUACUCAAUUUCGGUGGAGGUGAUAUCUCCUGUGCAAAACUUAAACCACGAGAAGGGAGUGCAAAAUGUUUAAUACUACCUAUGUUAAAUAUAUUGGUCUAGUUCAU